AUGGUCAGCAAGUCAAUGGUGGUUCCGACGAAACAGCCAGAAACUGAGGAAGGUGAUCAGACGAUGGCGCCUGUGGAGGGUCUGAUUGAAUGCGGCCAGUGUAAGAGGUCCUUCGCAGACUUGAGCCAGUUUACAGAGCACCAGAAGACCCACCUGGGAACUAAGAACACGUGCCCGGAAUGUAAUAAGACCUUCCACAGGAAGUCGACGCUCAUUCUCCACAAGAGGACACACACGGGUGAAAAGCCGUUCUCUUGCACUGAAUGCGGCAAGAGUUUCAGCCAGCGCUUCAACCUUGUGGUUCACCAACGCAUUCACACAGGGGAGCGACCUUACGUGUGCGCGGAGUGCGGAAAAGCCUUCAGCAAGACGUCGCAGCUGGUCCUCCACCGGCGGACUCACACCGGCGAGAAACCUUAUUGCUGCGCCAAGUGCGGCAAGCAGUUCAGCCAGAAAUUCAACCUCGUCGUCCAUCAGAGAAUCCACACCGGGGAAAAACCCUACAAGUGUCCCGACUGCAGCAAGGAAUUCCGCUACCGCACCAGCCUGAGCAAGCACCAGAGAUACAGCCUGUGCGUCCCCAUUACCUUUGACGAGGUGGCGGUGUAUUUCCUGGAGGAGGAAUGGCGCCAUCUAGAGGUCUGGCAGAGAGAACUGCACCGGGAGGUGAUGAGGGACAAUCUGGAGACCGUCCUGUCAUUGGGAUACGAGUAUCGCCAGCCCCCUCCCCCACCCAGGGUCUUCACAGAAGAAGACACGUGGAUUGUUCGAUAUUCUGAAGACGUGUUGGAGACCGAUGAAGACCAUGGAACGUUCCAGAACAAUUCUCCCGAUUCUUUAGGAUGUCCAACCAAUGGAGCCCCUCAACGUGAGGACCAGAAACCUCCGUCUGCCAAGAAACUUCACCGGUGUUCGGAAUGUAAGACGAUCUUCGGCAGCUGGUCCCAACUCGCAGCGCACAGACGGACCCACGACCAGGAGAAGACCAAACGUGCGGAUGCAGAAGAAGCCUCGCAGAAGAAGGCCCGCGACCAGAAAAAUGUCCGGAGCCCGGUCAAACCAGUUCCCUCCCAGUCCGCUGCUCCCGACGGAAAGGUCUUCAAGUGCAAUAACUGCGACAAAACUUUUAUCAACCGCUCGGUCCUCUCUCUGCACCAGAGGACCCACACCGGAGAGAAGAUCUUCAAGUGCCUUGAAUGUGGGAGGAGCUUCACCAAAAGGGCGCAGCUGGUGGUGCACAGGAAAUGCCACAUAGAGGACAGGCCGUACAAGUGUACGCUGUGCGAGAAAAGCUACAACCAACGCUCAAAGCUGGUGGAACACAUCAGGACUCACACGGGAGAGAAACCGUUUAAGUGCUCGGUGUGCGGCAAAGGCUUCACCAAGAGGUCUCACCUUAAAGAACACCUGCGCAUCCAUAACGGCGACAAGCCUUAUAAAUGCGACCAGUGCGACAAGACCUUCCACUACCCGUCCAACCUGGUGGAGCACCAGAGGACUCAUUCUGGGGACAGGCCGUUCCGGUGCACCGAGUGCGACAAAAGCUUCAUCAAAAUGUCCAAACUCAUUGUCCACCUCCGCGUCCACACCGGGGAACGGCCGUACAAGUGUUCAGAGUGCGGCAAGAGCUUCAGCCAGCAGUCCAAUCUUGUGGGACACCAACGGACGCAUACCAGGCAAAAGCCGUUCAGGUGCGACGAGUGCAAAAAGAGUUUUAGCCAACAUUACGCUCUUGUGGUCCACCAAAGAUCCCACUCGGGGGAAAAACCUUACAGGUGCUCUUUAUGCGACAAAGCCUUCAGCCAGAACUCCAACCUUAAACUUCACAUGAAGUACCUGGCGGCUGUGUGGCCCCCGGAGAAGCAGUACAGCUGCAGCGAGUGCGACAAAACCUUUCUGGAGAAAUCCAAGUUUGUGGUCCACCUUCGCACGCACACCGGCGAGCGCCCCUUCAAGUGCUCGCAGUGCGAUAAGGCCUUCAUCCAAUGGUCCCGCCUGACGGAGCACCGCAAAACCCACACCGAGGAGAAGCCUUACGUGUGCGGUGAGUGCGGCAAAAGCUUUAUCAAACGCUCGAAGCUGACGAUCCACCAGAGGAUCCACAGCGGGGAACGCCCUUACGCCUGCCCCGAGUGCGGCAAGCGCUUCAGCCAGCAGUGCAACAUGGCCGUCCACCAGCGGAUCCACACCGGGGAAAUGCCCUUUAAAUGUACAGAGUGCGACAGGGUGUUCAGGUACCAGACCGCCCUCAUCAGACAUAGGCGGAGCCACGCCUCUGAGAUGUAGAACACCUGACACGAGACAUUUAUAGGUGAAGAAACACAAAUAAUGAUGUUAUGUCUACA